AUGUUUUAUUCAGAAGCUAUUUUAUCUAGGCGCGGGCCAUUGGCAAAAGUAUGGCUCGCCGCCCACAUGGAACGGAAACUCUCCAAAACACAGACAUUACAGACCGAUAUUGAACAGGCUGCUGACGCAAUAAUGGGGCAGGAGGUUGAAGUUAUGGCCCUGAGAUUGAGCGGGCAGUUACUCCUUGGAGUCGUUCGAAUCUACAGCCGCAAAGCCAAAUAUCUCUUGGACGACUGUAAUGAAGCAUUGCUGAAGAUAAAAAUAGCUUUCCGUCCAGGCAUAGUCGACAUGACAGAGGACCAACUAGCGGUCAACCGUAAUGCAAUCACAUUGCAAAGUGGUGGAUUUGAUCUUGACGCACUUCUCCCUGACAUUAACUGGCAAGUCAAGGACAUCGACUUCGAAGACCGUCCGUUAGAUGCCCCUCAGGGUCACCACGUAGCAAGGCAGGCAGACAUUACACUUGCAACUGCUGAUGACUUCCAGUUUGAUCUCGACGACCCAGGGUAUGGGUUUGAUCUAGGCCCUUCAGACGGAAUAGGCUCGCAGGACUAUGCGGAACUCGACCUCGGGCUCGAUUUCGGUGACGGCCCUGUUAGUGUCUCUGGUGGAAACGACAAUAUGAGUGUCGAAGUUGGACGUGACGCACCAACCCCCCGAAGUUUCAGAGAAUCGCUUGAUUCACAUCUAAUGGGACGAGCCGGUAUCGACGAAUUGGACAUUAUUUCUCAGAGGAGUAGAGAGCUUUCUGAGCACCCUUUUGGCGCCGAAAUGGACGUCGAUCCAGGUUUUGGACCUGAUAUUGGUGCUAUGGAGAUUGAUCUCGGUGUGGACUUCGGUGAUCGUCCUCCUAGCGAACGUGAAAAGACACCGGGUCAAACAAGGUCUCUCUCACGCAUGUCAUCCCCUCUCACGGAACCACCACAGACGCCUCCCCCCGGCGUAAACCUCACUCCCCACGCAGCUGCGCAAGCCGCUGCCCAGGAAGAAGCAGCCGCCAAAGCAAAACGUAAAGCCAAAGAUAAGAAACAGAUUAUAGAUUCCGUCACCGAGCUCGCAGAUGGUCCUGGAGCAAACAUUGGCCGCGGUCGCCACGGUGGACUUGGUGCACCCAUAACGAAAGACGUCAGUGACAUUCUGACGGAACAACAUUUUCUCCCGCGGUCGUCAAUGGUCAUGCGGCUCCUUGAAAUUCGCGAUGACCCCCUUGCGCACUUCCUACCCACGAAAGUUAUGCCUGACGGGACCUACUUCUGUGCAGGCCCCCCAGGGUUAGCGCCAGAGCUGAAUGAGCUAUUUAUGCGACCACUCCAAAAUGCCAUAGCACCAAAACGACGCGGACCUCCAGGAGAAAGAAGUCCGCGCAAAAGACCUCGGGUUGAAGAAAGUGUUCACGAAGAGGAAGCUGUCGAACAGGCCCGGCGCGACGCUAGCAUAGCGCCUAGCAUUGCUGUGGGCAGCGAAGCCUUUGGCAGACCUGGAAGUGCGGCCCCUGACAGUGGUUUCGAUUUCGGAGAUGCAGGUGCACCGGUGAUAGAUGACUUCCAGAUGGACGUCGGAGGAGAAUUCCCCGCAGCACAGGAUCAAUUGGACGUGAUAUCUAGACGAUCCAGGUCCUCGCCACUUACUGAACUUAGUCGGCUUUCUACUCCUGCAGUCGAAGGCGAGGAAGGUGAGGAAACCUACGCCGAUCUGGCGUGUCCUAUUGCCUCUUUCGAUGUACGGCCAUCACAGACCCAAACGCAGGAGCGAGAGGUUGAGCCCGCAGAUGGAGAAGGAGGAGGUUACAGUAAGAAUACCGUGAAGGCAUUGGGGAUCCUUCGAAAGGAGCUGCAACCUGAAGGCGAGGGCGAGGAGCCAAUGAUGAGUUUCCGUCAGAUGUCCGAUAAGGCAUCGCGGCGAGCGGCAGCAUCUUUCUUCUUCGAACUACUCGUGCUCGGUACACGAGAUUGUGUGAAGUUGUCACAGUCAGCGCCGUUUGAGAAUAUCGAGAUCCGUGCCAAAGAUAAAUUAUGGGAACGCCAAAGACAUGGAUCGGUCGCACCAUCUAUCGCCACCGCUAUGGGGCUAUAA